AUGAGACUAAUUGUCUUGACGGUUGCUGUUUUUUCGAUUGGUUUCGCUGAUGUUCUGAAGGUCCCGUUGGGCAAAGUUGAGGUCAAAGAUGAAGCCGGAAAGAAGGACUAUUACGACAAACCCUUUGAAUUGUAUGAAAGUAAGCCGAUUUAUCGAUUUUUUGAGCAAUUAGAGAGUUUUGAAAAAAAUCAAUAAAUUUUGUGACACUUCGUCAAAGUCUGAAAAAAGCAAAAUAUGGACAGAUUAACGUCUAAAAUUGGUCAAGAUACAACGAUAAAAUCGUUUUUUGCAGCUAGAAAAAAUCCAAUAAAUUUUGUGACAUUUCGUCAAAUUUUAGUUUUUCCCUGGAUUAGAUAGAAAUUUUUGAUUUUUAUCUUAUAAAUAUGUUUAGAGUACAUUUUUUCAGUAACAGAUGCUAUUUUUUGGUGUAAGCGCUGUAAAUUCCAAAAAAUCCAUUUGCACGGUGCAAAUAAACAAAAAACUCCAAAAUCAAAAUAAUCAAGUAAAACCCUGAAAUUUUUCAAAAUCAAAUUUCAGAAUCCUUCUACACAGUUGACGUCAAAGUCGGAAACCCACCUCAAACCUUAAAGUUGGGCUUGGAUAUUGGCUCAAACCAAUUUUGGCUUCUCGACUCGAAAGUUAUCGGGAAUGUCACAGCCAAUGGUCCGACUUUUGAAACCCGGUAAGUGAUUACAGUGAAGGGCAUGGACAGUUCUCUAGAACUUCAAAAAAAGCCUUGGCGAACUUGAUUUCUUUGUUUUUUACCGAUUUUUUUCGAAAAAAUCGCUUUAACUCAGUCAAAUUUUGUUUUGAACGCCGUACUCGUAUUUUAGCGACAAUUCAGCUGUAACGGUAUUCACACACAACAGGCUUCAUAUCCUUCAUUUUCAGCCAGUCCACAACCCUCAAAGUCAACGAGACCAAGAAAUAUUACAACUUCUUCGACAACGUCAAUGUUCAUGGUGUCCAAGGGGAAGAUCAAGUCAGCGUCUUCGGCAACGCCCUCGAUUUGCAAAAAUUCGGGCUUAUCAGCAAAGUCAAUGGUGAGGGGCAUCUGGACGGAGUGUCUGGUGUAAUUGGCGCCGGCCCUUUGGGAGAUGGGACCGAGUUUACCGGCGCUCCAUGGGAAUCGUUGAUUCAUAAGGUCGCGAAGAAGGUCUCGAACGGCAAAUUCACUCUGUGGCUGAACUCCAAUGAGAACAGUGCGGAAAAGGGGCAGCUGACGUUUGCGGAUCGUGAUUUGGAGCACUGCGAAAAGAGCACCGUUGAGCCGGGAGCGCCAAAGAACUACAGAGGCAACUUGACGCAGUGGGGAUUCCCGGUCUCUGGGUAAGUUGUUUUCUGCGGUAAAAAGACUGAGAAUACUCGAUAUAUCAGUCUGUCUGGAAAAUAAUGUGGAUUUCUCGCGCCUUAUAAUCACCCUAAAAUAUACGCGAGAAUCCAAGCUCGCGCUUUGUAGAAACAACCGAGAUUUUUAGAUCGAAAGUUGGUGAUAAAUUGACAACGUUUAGCGUACUCUCUUGGCGGCCAAGAUCGUUCAAUAUCUCGGCGGCGCUUGCAAAGCGCGGGCUAAAAAUUUCAGGAAGUGAUACUUAGUUCAUGCACGACAUGUAUGCAAAAUGUAAAGAAAAUAUGAGCGUCGCACUUGGGGUACUUCCCUUGUUAUCCUAGGCGUCUUAGGUUCAGGAUUUUGCUUUAUUACUGGGCGUAGCUCGCAUUGACGUUCCAUUUUUUGCGGUGGUGUCCAAAAUUUGCGGAGCUUUUUUCAGGUGCUGUCAGUCUGUCGGGGAAAUAAUGAGUACUCUGUCGCAUCGAUAAUAGCAUCAUCGCCGAGAAAAUGAAUUGUGUCGCGGCAAAAUCAAAUUGCUUUUCACUUCAGCGACAAGAUUGGCGUAGAGACAUACUGAUAAUAUAUAAAUUUUCUCCGUUUCUGAUCCAUCCCCAUUUGCAGAUUCGGAAGCGGCAGAAACCGCUUUGGCCGCGCCGGCAACGUCUUCUUCCAGAACGACGACAAAAUCAUCAAGACCCUGGCCAACACCUACAAUUCGUUGGCCAGCGUCUGGCGUCUCUCCUUCGACAGGAAGCUGAAUGCGAGAGUUGUGAAGUGCGCUGAUAUCGGUAAAUUGCCACCGUUCUUUUUGAACGUCGACAGAAGCACCCUCGAGUUCCCGGCCGAGAUUUUCUUCACUCCAGUAAGUCGGGGGAAAAAAAAUUUUACAAGAAAAGUACUUCUAUGUGGUAUGGAGUUACAGGUCGAGAAAUAUCAAAAGAAUCGAAAAAUCUUUCUGAUUCAGAAUAUGUAAAAAUUAACUGCCCAAUUUUGGUUUGUAAGGGCAAAAAAAUCGUCAGAACUUUUUUCGCAACACCAUGGAAAUGCCCCCUUUUUAUAUUGGAACUACUAAUUAAGGUGUAGUACUAAUAAUCUAAAUUGAUAUUUUACGGCUUGUCAAGAUGCCAAGGUUUACUUUUGCUUCAAAAAAACGCUUUUCAAUUCAUAAAAACUUGGUCAAAAAGGCAUUGAAAGUGCUUUCCUUGUUAAAAGUCUUGAUUUUUUAUGAUUUUUUUUCUUUUAUUUUUUUUUUAUCAUUCUGUCGGGAAAAUAAUGUGGACUUGUCGCAUAAAAAAAUAAACCUUUUUUUAUAUAAAUACUAUACUUUCAGACCGAGAACAAGGAAAUUUGCCGAUUCAUCGUCGACGCCGCGCAAGCCGGACCAAUCAGCGAAGUCUUCCAGCUGACUCAAGACUUCUUGAAGUACGUCUGCGUCACUUUUGACACCAACACCAAGAGCUUGAGCUUCAGCAAGGCCAUUCCGAAGAACUAA